CCAAUAUUGCCGAUCGGUAGUCAUGCCCUCCUCUCGCCUAAACCCACCAUCCCAUCCUUCCCCUCUUAUCUAUAUCUGCCCGUUUCCUUCCUCCUGAUUCUGUGAACCUGCGCUUCCAUAAGCUUCUCAUCACAUCCAGCUGCAAUGAAGUGGAUCGAAGAAGGUGCGACCCAAGCGCGUAAGCAACAAGCCGAGGCUGCUGGCCUCACUCUUGCCGAGUACGAGCGUCUCGAACUCAGGAAAACACGUUCUUUUUUGGGUCUCAACUGGCCCGAAGUCAAGCUUCUUUCCGUCGCCGGUACCGGUUUUUUCCUCGAUGCGUACGAUCUGUUCAUCAUCAACCUCGUCCAACCCAUCUUUCAGUACGAAUACUGGCAUGGAACCUCUUACCCUGCCGGCCUUCGUGGUCUCGUUUCGGCUGGUGCCAACAUUGGUAACAUCUUUGGUCAACUUUCUUUUGGCUUCUUGGGCGACAUGUUCGGUCGCAAAUACGUGUACGGCAAGGAACUCAUUAUUUGUAUAAUCGGCACGAUUCUCGUCAUCUCGCUUCCUAACUCUAUCCCUGGUGGUGGCAAAAAGAUGAUCUGGAUCUUCAUCUUCCGUGUUCUUAUGGGUAUUGGAAUUGGUGGUGAUUACCCUAUGUCCGCCGCUGUCACAUCCGAGCGUGCGAAUUUGAAGCGCCGUGGGCAGAUGCUCGCCUGGAUCUUUUCUUUCCAGGGUUGGGGUAACCUUGCUGGUUCUAUCGUCACUAUCAUCGUUUUGGCGUGCUUUAAACCUGCUCUUCAAGACCGUGGGGAGUAUAACCAGCUCGAUGCUGUUUGGCGUAUCCAGUUCGGUGUCGCCCUCGUACCGUCCUUUUUGACCAUCUACCAGCGUCUCACCAUGCCGGAAUCGAAGAAGUUUACCGAGAGCCAAUCUCUCUCAAGCUCAGAGACUGGCUCAAUCGACUACCAAAAGCACCCCGCCCCCGAAAAGAUGAACACCGGCGUCGCAGCCAAUGUCGACGGCGACCUCCAGCAAGACGGUUCCCUCCCCCCCAAAUGGAACGUCUUCUUCACUUACUUCUCUGAAUGGCGCCACGCGAAGAUCUUGAUCGGCACAACCGUCACCUGGUUCCUCCUCGACAUUGCCUUCUACGGUGUCAACCUCAACCAAUCCGUUAUCCUCGCCGAGAUCGGGUUUAACACUGGUAACAACGAGUGGCACAAGCUCAUGCGUAACGCUAUUGGUAACCUCAUUAUCUCGGCUGCUGGGUAUGUCCCCGGGUAUUGGUUCACGAUUGCGUUCAUUGAGAUAUUGGGACGUCGUUGGAUUCAGGUGCAGGGUUUCUUGUUGUGUGCGUUGUUUUUUGCGAUUCUUGCUGGAAAGUGGAAUUCGCUUAGUACUGGUGGUCACGUCGCUCUUUUCGCCCUCGCACAGUUCUUCUUCAAUUUUGGCGCCAAUGCAACAACCUUCAUCAUCCCCGCCGAAGUCUUCCCCUCGCGCGUCAAAGGCUUCGCCCACGGCCUCUCCGCCGCCUGCGGCAAAGUCGGCGCAGUCUUCGCCGCCCUCGUCUUCAACUACCUUCAAGGCAAAAUCGGCAUCCCCAAGAUCUUGUGGAUUUUCUUUGCAUGUAUGAUUCUCGGUGCUGCCUUUACGUUCUUGAUCCCAGAGACGAAGGAGAGGGAUGCGGAUUUGGUUGAUUAUGAGGAGGUUAUGGAGGCGAGGAGGGCAAAGGGUGGAUGCAAUGGGAAUGGGCCUGGAAGUCCCACGGAGCAUGGGCGGCCUGCGCAUAUCUAGAGAGUGACAGGUCGAUUUGGCUU